ACCAAGUUAUCCAAACUGAACACUAUCCUUUACCUCAACCCGAGGAUAUUUUUGCUUCAUUAUCUGGUUGUUCUGUGUUCUCUGUUAUUGAUUUACAGACAGCCUAUCUUCAACUGGAGGUCGCUGAGGAUUCACAGGAGUUGUUAACCUUGGCAACACAUAAAGGAUUAUUUCGUCUUACUCGUUUGCCAUAUGGCCUAUCCAGUGCACCUGCUUUGUUUCAGGCAGCUAUUGAUGAGAUAAUUAAAAAUCUUCCCGGUACGGUAGCGUACCUUGAUGAUGUCUUGAUUGGCGGACAUUCAUACCCUGAAGCAGUGUCUAGGUUGGAGCAAGUUCUUCAACGCUUCCAAGAAUACGGAGUGAAGGUUAACGAUAGUAAAUGCAAAUUUUUACAACCUGUUGUAGACUAUUUAGGUUAUAGGUUGUCGGCUGAAGGUAUAAGUCCACGAGAAGGGCUAGUGGAAGCCAUCAAGGAUGCCCCGGAACCAGCAAGUAAGGAGGAGUUGAGAUCAUAUAUAGGACUCAUUAAUUACUAUGGUAGAUUUAUUUCCAAUCUCUCUGAUAAGCUGAACUGUUUCUAUGAGUUGUUGAAAAAGGAUGUUCCUUUUGUUUGGUCUAGGAAAUGUGCUGAAACUUUUAAACAGAGUAAACACUGGGUGUUAUCUUCUGAUAUUCUUGUACAUUAUGAUGUCAAUAAGCCACUAGUGCUUACAUGUGAUGCAAGCCCUCGAGGCGUGGGGGCGGUGUUGUCCCAUUUGAUUGAUGGCGAAGAGAGGCCUAUUGCUUUCGCCUCUAAAACUCUAAGUCAAAGUGAGAAAAAUUAUUCUCAGCUUCAUAGGGAAGCUCUAGCAUUAGUAUUUGGUGCUAAGAAAUUUCAUAAGUAUAUUUACGGGAGAAAACAUGUCAUAUUACAGAGUGACCACCAGCCGUUGGCUACUAUCUUUGGCUCAAAGCGAGGAACCCCAAGCCUAGCCGCAGCGCGCCUACAGAGAUGGGCCCUGAUUUUGGCUUCGUAUGACUUCGAAGUGAGAUAUCGCAAGGCGUCUGAUGUGCCACAUGCCGAUGCCUUAUCCCGGUUGCCGUUACCGGCAAGUGAUUCACUGGAACUGGAAAACAACUUUAUCUCGCACACUCAGGAAUGCGUGGAGGUACUAAACUGCUUCAGCACGGUGAGUACCGAAUCACCUAUCACUUCUAAGGAAAUUGCUAAAUUCACUGGUACUGAUCCUAUAUUAUCUAAAGUAAGAGAUUAUGUUUGGCACGGCUGGCAUGGCGCUGUGGAUAAAGAGUUAUUGCCUUAUGUAAAAAGGAAAGAUGAACUUUCUGUGGAUAGUAAUUGUCUUCUGUGGGGGGCCCGUGUGGUCAUUCCGACAAAAUUGAGGAAUCAAGUUUUAGAAUUGCUUCAUGAUCAACAUCCAGGCAUUACACGGAUGAAGCUGUUAUCACGUAGCUAUGUGUGGUGGCCCGGUAUAGAACAAGGUAUUGAAGAAACAGUGUCUUCUUGCUAUAUUUGUCAGUGUACGAGGAAUGCAGCUCCAAAAGUCCCUCUCCAACAGUGGCCCCGUGUGUAGGGCAGAUGGCAACGGGUGCACAUAGAUUUCGCUGAAGAUACUAAUUCUAGGCAACAAAUGUUAGUACUAGUAGACAGUUUUUCCAAGUGGAUCGAGGUGUUUGUUAUGAAAUCUACUAGUUCUCUCAAGACCAUUGAGCGUCUCCGUUCACUUUUUGCAUCGUAUGGGCUUCCGGACACUCUAGUAUCUGAUAAUGGCCCUUCUUUUACAAGUUUUGAGUUCAAAGAAUUCUUAAAGAAGAAUGGAGUAAGGUUUGUCUUAUCACCUCCUUAUCAUCCUGCGUCAAAUGGUGCGGCCGAGCGGUGCGUUCAAGAAGUGAAGAAGAACCUGUUGAGACAGGUGUUGAGUGAAGGUGGUACUGGUUCUCUGACUUUGCAACAUAAACUUGAUAACUUCCUAAUGACAUACAGAAAUACACCUAACACUGUAACAGGACUUACCCCGGCAGAAUUGUUUCUCAACUGGAAACCAAAAACUAGGCUUGCACUUCUCAAACCUAACCUCAACGCUCGUAUUGACACGAACCUGGACAGACAGAAGGAGAGUUCGGAUAGGCAUAGGGGAAGGGCAAGAUCCUAUGAAGUUGGAGAGAAAGUGUUCGUCAAAACUGUCAGGCAGGAGAAAAUUGAUUGGGUACCUGGAAAAGUUCUGGAAGUAAAAAGUUCUGUAAUAUAUCUUGUUAGUGUAUUGGGAAAAGUUAGGCGUUGCCAUGCUGACCACCUCAGGUCUAGAGUGAACAUGGAAGAGGAGGGGAUAGCAGUGCCAAGUUGUGAGCCAAGGUCUCCCAUGAAACCAGUACUUCCUGAGCGAGGGGAAACUUCAGAGGACAAGGAGAGGCAACAAGUUUCGCCCAGGCGGCAAUCUCCAUUGAAGGACUCUGAGACUGCAGCGGUCCAGCCAAGACAUGAAGACUCACCUGCGGUAGUGCAGUGCAGCCCGCCCAAUCUUAGAAGGUCAAAAAGGACAAUACAAAAGCCUGAAAAGCUAGACCUUUAAGCUAUUCAGGCAGAAGUGAGAAGAGUUUAUUUUAGUUUUAUGAGAAGAAAUUUUAAGUUGGAAUCAAGGUUUAAUUAAUAAAAAUGAAAAAAAAGAAAUUUUUAUGAAGAGAAAGUUUUAUGUUGGAAGAGUAUGUUAUUUGUGGUCUUACAGCAGUAGUGUGGGCCUAAUCUAAAUGGUGGCGAGUGUAAUAUAGUAGCAAUAGGAUCAUAUUAGAUUAUUAGUAACCGGAAACAGAUUAAGUUACUGGGUGGCUGCACUGCCUACAUCGGCGUGGAGCUCCCUGAUUGGCUGCCGAUCGGUCAAGGAGUUUUCCGUCUUGAUGAUCGUCACUUCAAGUCUAGCAAGACAGAAAUCAACCACAUUGAUAUUGAGAUUGACUUCUUGUUCACCUUCUUAUGAUUGGUCCAGUAGCUUUUGCACCACUUCUAGUUGCUUUGCAUGGUAUCUGCUAGUGCCAGUUCUGACCAUUAAACCAGUGUCUCUGAUUAAAGAGAUGGAUGCACCCUCCUUCAGAAGGCGCUGAAAGGAAUACUAAUUAUAGGCCGCUGUACUCCGUAGAAGAACUUAAGGAAGAGCACCUAGUGAGAUAAGUGUAUGUCUGCCAUAUCAUCCGUUAAACAGCCAGGUUUUUGAAGGAAGAAAGAUGUAGCCCCAGCUCUGGACAAAAAUAUUAUGGAGAAGGUUGGCCGCUGUACAGGGCAGCUAUAGUUAUUAUUAUAUGUUGCCUUUUAUUGUUAUGUACUGUUUUUAUACUUUACCAAUAAACCUUAUAUUUAUCUAGAGCA